AUGCUUCAAAGCCUUGUUAAAGAUGUUUGGGUCCCCAUGAAGCCCUACUAUACCCAGGUUUACCAGGAGAUUUGGGUAGGAAUGGGGUUGAUGGGUUUCAUUGUUUAUAAAAUCAGGAGUGCUGUUAAAAGAAGUAAAGCUUUGAAAACUUCAAGUCCUGCACCUGCUCAUGGUCAUCAUAAACCAGCUUUACUUGGGAAUACACAUCAGAUGGAAUGUCAGUUUGGCUGUAAAUUUCAGCAAGCUCUGUUAAAUGGGAACAUGGAGCAUCGGGUACACUUGUAG